AUGAUUAUUCAUUCAUUCUUGUUCCUUUCUCCUUAUUCUUCUCUUUCUUCUUCAUCUUCCUUCUUUUUUCUUCUUCUUUGCUUUGAAAAUAACUUCUUCUUCUUCCUCUUCUUUUUCUUCUUCUUCUUCUUUUCUUCUUCUUCUUCUUCUUCUUCUUCUUCUUCUUCUUCUUCCUCCACUUUCCUAUUUUCAUUCGUUCUUUUCCUUAUUCUUCUUUUUCUCCUUACUUCUUUCUUUUUUCCUCACUCCCAUAUUUACAUUGCAUUUCUUUUUUCCUUUUCUUCUUUUUCUUCUUCUUCUUCUUCUUCUUCUUCUUCUUCUUCUUCUUCUUCUUCUUCUUCCUCCACUUUCCUAUUUUCAUUCGUUCUUUUCCUUAUUCUUUUUUCCUUCUUCUUUCUUCCCUUUUUUCCUCACUCCCAUAUUUCUUCUUCUUCAUUGCAUUUCUUUUUUCCUUUUCUUCUUCUUCUUCUUCUUCUUCUUCUUCUUCUUCUUCUUCUUCUUCUUCUUCUUCUUCCUUCUUUUCCUAUUUUCAUUCGUUCUUUUCCUUAUUAUUCUUUUCUCCUUACUUCUUUUCUUUUUUUCCUCCUCCCAUAUUUACAUUGCAUUUCUUUUUCCUUUUCUUCUUCUUCUUCUUCUUCUUCUUCUUCUUCUUCUUCUUCUUCUUCUUCUUCUUCUUCUUUUCUCCUCCUUCUUUCUUUUUUUCCUAUUUUCAUUCGUUCUUUUCCUUAUUCUUCUUUUCUCCUUACUUCUUUUCUUUUUCCUCCUCCCAUAUUUACAUUUGCAUUUUUUUUUCCUUUUCUUCUUCUUCUUCUUCUUCUUCUUUCUUCUUCUUCUUCUUCUUCUUUUCCUCCUUUUUUUUUGUCUUCUCCCUUUUAUAUUUUUCAUUCGUUCUUUUCUUAUUCUUCUUUUUUCUCCUUACUUCUUUCUUUUUCCUCCUUUUUCCCCUUAUAUUUACAUUGCAUUUCUUUUUCCUUUUUCUUCUUCUUCUUCUUCUUCUUCUUCUUCUUCUUUCUUCUUCUUCUUCUUUUCCUCCACUUUCCUAUUUUUCAUUCGUUCUUUUCUUUUUUAUUCUUCUUUUUUCUCCUUACUUCUUUUUUUUCCUCCUCCCAUAUUUACAUUGCAUUUCGUUCUUUUCCUUUUUUCUUUCCUUUUCUUCUUCUUCUUCUUCUUUUCUUCUUCUUCUUCUUUUUCUUCUUCGCCUUCUUCUUCUUCCUCCACUUUCCUAUUUUCAUUCGUUCUUUUCCUUAUUAUUCUUUUUUCUCCUUACUUCUUUUUUUUCCUCCUCCAUAUUUACAUUGCAUUUCUUUUUUCAUUGCAUUUUUUUUCUUUUUCUUCUUUUUUCUUCUUCUUCUUCUUCUUCUUCUUCUUCUUCUUCUUCUUCUUCCUCCACUUUCCUAUUUUCAUUCGUUCUUUUUCCUUAUUCUUCUUUCUCCUUACUUCUUUCUAUUUUUCCUCACUUUUUUCUCCCAUAUUUCUUUUCCUUUUUUCUUUUCUUCUUCUUCUUCUUCUUUUUCUUCUUCUUCUUUUUCUUCUUCUUCUUCUUUUCCUCCACUUUUUCCUAUUUUCAUUCGUUCUUUUCUAUUUUAUUAUUCUUUUUUUUUCUCCUUACUUCUUUCUUUUUUCCUCACUCCCAUAUUUACAUUGCAUUUCUUUUUUCCUUUUCUUCUUCUUCUUCUUCUUCUUCUUCUUCUUCUUCCUCCACUUUCCUAUUUUCAUUCGUUCUUUUCCUUAUUCUUCUUUUUCUCCUUACUUCUUUCUUUUUUCCUCACUCCCAUAUUUACAUUGCAUUUCUUUUUUCCUUUUCUUCUUCUUCUUCUUCUUCUUCUUCUUUUUCUUCUUCUUCUUCUUCUUCUUCUUCUUCUUCUUUUCCUCCACUUUCCUAUUUUCAUUCGUUCUUUUCCUUAUUCUUCUUUUUCUCCUUACUUCUUUCUUUUUUCCUCACUCCCAUAUUUACAUUGCAUUUCUUUUUUCCUUUUCUUCUUCUUCUUCUUCUUCUUUUUCUUCUUCUUCUUCUUCUUUUUCCUCCACUUUCCUAUUUUCAUUCGUUCUUUUCCUUAUUCUUCUUUUUCUCCUUACUUCUUUCUUUUUUCCUCACUCCCAUAUUUACAUUGCAUUUCUUUUUUCCUUUUCUUCUUCUUCUUCUUCUUCUUCUUCUUCUUCUUCUUCUUCUUCUUCCUCCACUUUCCUAUUUUCAUUCGUUCUUUUCCUUAUUCUUCUUUUUUCUCCUUACUUUCUUUCUUUUCCUCCUCCCCAUAUUUACUUUUUGCUUUUUUCUUUUUCCUUCUUCUUCUUCUUCUUCUUCUUCUUCCUUCUUUCCUAUUUUCAUUCGUUCUUUUCCUUAUUCUUCUUUUUUCUCCUUACUUCUUUUUCUUUUUUUUCCUCCUCCCAUAUUUACAUUGCAUUUCUUUUUCUUUUUCUUCUUCUUUUCUUCUUCUUCUUCUUCUUCUUCUUCUUUUCUUCUUCUUCUUCUUCUUCUUCUUCUUCUUCUCCACUUUUCUAUUUUCAUUUCAUUCUUCUUUUCCUAUUCUUCUUUUUUUCAUUCGUUCUUUUCCUUAUUCUUCAUUUUUUCUCCUUACUUCUUUCUUUUUUUCCUCCUCCCAUAUUUACAUUUGCAUUUCUUUUUUUUCUUCUUUUCUUCUUUCUUUUUCUUCUUCUUCUUCUUCUUCUUCUUCUUCUUUUUCUUCUUCUUCUUCUUCCACUUUCCUAUUUUCAUUCGUUCUUUUUUCCUUAUUCUUCUUUUUCCUUCUUUCUUUUUUCCUCCUCCCAUAUUUACAUUGCAUUUCUUUUUCCUUUUUUUUCCUUCUUUUUUCUUCUUCUUCUUCUUCUUCUUCUUCUUCUUCUUCUUCUUCUUCUUUUUCUUCUUCUUCUUCUUUUUCCUCCACUUUCCUAUUUUCAUUCGUUCUUUUCCUUAUUCUUCUUUUCUCCUUACUUCUUUCUUUUUUCCUCCUCCCAUAUUUACAUUGCAUUUCUUUUUCUUUUUUCUUUUUCUUUUUUCCUUCUUCUUCUUUUUUUUUUUCUUCUUUUUCUUUUUCUUCUUCUUCUUCUUCUUCUUCUUCUUCUUCUUUUUCUUUUUCUUCUUCUUCUUCUUCUUUUCCUCCACUUUCCUAUUUUCAUUCGUUCUUUUUCCUUAUUCUUCUUUUUCUCCUUACUUCUUUCUUUUUUUGUUCCUUCUCCUUCCCAUAUUUUCCUAUUUUCGUCGUUCUUUUCCUUUUCAUUGCAUUUUUUUCCUUCUUCUUCUUCUUCUUCUUCUUCUUCUUCUUCUUCUUCUUUAUGACUUCGUCUACUUUGCUUUUUGUAUUUCACUUCCUUGAUCAUUCAUUCACUCUUCUUCUUCUUCUUCCUCCUCUGCUGCUGCUGCUGCUGCUGCUGCUUCUUCUUUUUCUUCUUCUUUUUCUACUCUUUCCUAUUCAUCUUCCCCUUGAUGGAGGCUGGUGUCCAAAUUUAAUAUUAUAA